AUGCCGCUGUCAUUAAAUGAUAAAAUGGAAGAUAAGAAAAAAGUUUCUCAAAGUGAAUUGAGGAGAUUUAUGUCUGCUCACAAAAGAAAAGCAUCAGAAAAUACAAAGAAAAUUGAAUCACCUUUGGCAAAAUAUUCAGAUAGUGGGGAACUGACUUGUAUCGCCUGCAAUUCUGUGGUGAAAACAGAAGCGAUAUGGGGUGUUCAUAUUAAUUCGAAGAAACAUAAAGAGAAUAUAAAGAAGCCUCUUGUCCAAGUUUCUGCUCCUCCUAUAUCUCUUAGUUCUGAAAAAGUUUUACCUCCAGUUGAAGUCAAAAAGACCAAAAGUAUACUGAAAAAUGCUCGACCAUUACCUCCUAAAUUUUUUGAUGACAUUAAAACUGAACAGGACGAUGAUGAAACACCAAAAAAAAAGGUAAAACUUGAAGUUGAUUCUGAAAAUAAUGAAGUUUCUAUGGAUGAAGGAGAAGCUGCUGCCGCUGAAGAAUCAAAAGAUCAUGAAUUACCUGAAGGUUUUUUUGAUGACCCAGUGUUAGAUGCAAAGGCACGUAAUGUCGAAUACAAGGAUCCUGUGGAGGAAGAAUGGGAGCGCUUUCAAAAAGAAAUUAAAGAAGAAACUGAUCUCUCGGCUAGAAUGAUAAAUGACGAUACUGAAGAUGCAACUGUCCAGCGUCAGAUAGAGCAAAUAGAUGAGCAGAUGACUAGAUUAUCAAAGGUCGUCCAAUUAGAAAUAAAGAAAGAAGAAGUGAAAGCAAAACUAUUAAAUAGGAUGGAAGUUGUGAAAAAAGAAGAACCUGAAAGUGAUGAGAGUGAUGUUUCAGAUAUGGAAGGAGAAUUUGAUUGGCGAGCCAAGCGUUACCUUUGCUAA